GCUCAUCUUCUCUUUCAUCCAUCCACCUGCAUCACCGCCAUGCUCCGUCUCGCCCCCGCCGCCCGUCUCGCCGUCCGACAGCUCUCCACCACCGCCGUCCGAAGGGAAGAGGCCGCUGCCGUCGGCACCGUCGGCGCUGUCCCCGUCAAGCGUCCUGUUGGAGGCUUCCGGUAAGUCGCGGUCACUUGGUGGUAUCGUGUGCUCAUCUUUGGAAUGGCUUCUUGUUCUGUCCACAGCGGAGGUAUCCUCGGAUUCUUCUUCGGCUUCUCCUUCGCCUCCGCCCUCUCCAUCUACUAUCUCCAAGAAGAGACCAAAGUCGCCACCGGCCUCUUGACGUCCAGCAUCGAGCAGCUCCAGCAGGGUACCGGUAAAAUAACAACCCACCUCGACCGACUCCAGACUGUCGAAAAAGAGCUCGCGGCGCUCAGGGCCAACGCUUCCGUGAAGGAGGACGUGACCAAGGUCCGAGGAGAGAUGAAGAAGGUCUACGAUGGCCUUCAUUUGGAGCUUCUGGACUUGCGCGCGCAUGUGUGGGGUGUGGAGCAGGACUUGCAGAAUGUGGUCAAGACUGAGUCUAUCAAGAUCUAAUCUGGCUCCACUGCUAUAGAUACACUACCCAAGAAAAUGCAACAGGUUCGCAGACA